AUGGUUACGCCUCGAUUGCCGCCGCUCUACGUCCUGAUAGGACUGAGUGUUCUCACUCUGAUUCUAUACUUCAGAAGCAGCGUCAGCUCAAAUAUCCCUUCCUUCUCCAUCAACCGCCAAACCCCGGCCAAUUCGACCUUGGGAUUCGGUGGCUUGUUUGUUGUCUCUGGCCCCGGAAGUCCUCGCCGCAACAACCUGAUCCAGUCCGCCAACGUUACCGAGUUACACUUCACCAUCCCAACUCUACCGACAUGGACAGAAGAUCAAAUUAUGGCCUUCAGGGGCAAGGACGACAAGUCGACCAUCACAAACGGCUCUGUUCGCGCAUGGCUGAGCCACAACCUCGUCCUCAAUGAGUUCCUCAAGUCGGGCCUCGAGACGGCCCUGAUCCUAGAAGAUGAUGUCGACUGGGACAUCCGCUUGCGUACACAACAAGUCCCUCUCGCCGCAACCGCUGCUCGCGCAUUGCUGCCUCCAGCUGGCGAAGAAUACUACUGGGGACACCCAGACGACUGGGAGCUAUUCUAUGUCGGACACUGUGGAGACUACUUCACAACCAUGGACGAGCCCGUUGGGGUUGGUGUUGUUCAUCCUAACAAUCUGACCGAGCUUCCUCACAUCGUCUACCCCGAUCAGACUCUGCCUCGUCGAACCGACCUGCACCCUUUCACCUCUUCUCUUCUCACUGCCUUCGACGUACCUGAGAAAUCGCGCAUCGUCCACAAGUCCGUUUCACCGCUUUGCACUUUUGGCUACGCUGUCACUCGCGCCUCGGCCAGACGGCUCGUCGAAGAAUACGCCCCAAUCAGCGGCAACCGCGGCAACAUUGAUCACGCAUACGACGUCGCUAUUCUGACUGCUUGCCGUGACAAGGGUCUCCGCUGUUUCACUGUCAAUCCAGAACUCUUGCAUCAUAUGGAGGGCGAGAGUCUGAUUAGUAAUCUGGACAAUAAGAAAUGGCGUCCGCCCGUCGACAAGGCUGGCUUGAAGCAGACCUACUGGCGCGGCGAGACCAGCAACAUCGGAUGUGGCUUCUGGAGCAGGGACUUCAGCUGGAACGGCGAUAAAGACAAGCUCAAUCACCUACGAGAGGAGGUCGGCCGCAAAGGUCAAUGCUUGAAGAAGGAUCGUUUGCCCAAUGGUGACCGGAUUGAUGAGAGUAUGCUGCGGGCCAGCAAAUAA